GUACAAAGUCCCCUCAUACCCUUGAUACCUCUGCAUGCUCCACACUCUCGGUCUAUCUUCCAUUGUUGUCGUUUCGUCCGUACUUGCCAUGCCUAAGAAACGAAAUACUUGUACGAGAUGCUCUAUGAGGCGGCAGAAAUGCGAUCGAAACAUUCCUUGUGGAAGAUGCAUCCAAAACGGUGAGGCUAGCAUAUGUACGACCGAAUGGCCAGAUGGAUACGAUCCGCGAAUUCAUCGGAAGUAUCCGUCAACGAAGGCAGAUGGCGAGAAAGAGAGUCCUUCGGCGCAAGCUGGUUACCCGACGCCUGUCGUAACGGACACAACGUCACAAACAUCACAAACAUCCCCCCCUCUCGUAUCAAAUACAACUGGUCAGACAUCGGCGACCGCCAAUCCAUCUCCCGCCCCUGCACGGGGUCCAGAUCUUGAAUUCAUUACUUGGGGGCAGGCAAAACUGUCCGAAUUCAACAUUAAUGGCAAUUUUGCUGAGAGAGCUCUGGACAGCAGAGUUCUCAAUCUUGGAAACAACUUUUGGCAAACAAAUGAAGAUUUGUCUAACGAUCUUGGCCCCCUCUCAUCACCUGCGCAGUUGGCUGAGGUGAACUAUCUUCAGUCACUUAUACCCUCAAGAGAGCAAGUUUUCGCGAUGGUGCAUUACCAUGAGGAUCACUUGUUGUGGCAUCACGGCUCCUUCCAUGGACCGGCCUUCCGUGAAGAGUUGACAAAGGUCUACAAGGACUGUCGAAUACUUCAGAUUCGAGAUUUGGACUGGAGGUGGACAGCGCUCCUCUUUGCCGUCCUUGCAGGCAGCUCUUUAUGCGCCCCCGACACCGUUACUUACACGUGGCGUCUCACGAAACCGGAGAAGGACAGGCUGAGCAGGCAAUGGUACCACGCGAUCAUCGCGAGUCUGAUUAUAGGGCAAUACACGUCAAAGUACCACCUUUACACGAUACAAGCUAUAGCGACAUCGUCGUUAUCUGCGCACGUCCUAGGAUACUCGAAACAACAGCUCUCGCUUUUAAGCGUAUCAAUCACUAUAGCUAGAGGCCUCAGUUACCACAGGAUAGGCAAGGACGCAGAGCCAGAGCUUGAUCGGGCUGGGCAAGUUCUUACACCGACCCAGCGCGAGGCGAUCAUUCAAAGAGAAACUGGCCGACGGGUGUGGUGGCAUCUCUGUGGGCAAGACUGGUUCUGCACUACCACGACGAGAAUGUACUCAAUACAGAAGCGACACUUUACCACGACAGCGCCUCUCCAUUACGAUGAUGAGACAAUGAAACCUCUGGCGAAAGGGGUGCCAGGAAUCACUCACUACAACAACCACUUAAAUAAACUCGCGCAGCUAAAUGUAGAGUUUUUUGAGGCCUUACAAGAUGCCCAAAACGCCGAGGCAGAGUACGACGUAGUGCUCAGAUACGAUUCUAAGAUGCGCGCCUUGUACGCGGAGGCACCCAAAUUCAAACCAACCAGCCCUGAAGAUGGUUCUAGUCAUCAAUGGGUUCGGUGGGCUAAUCGUGGCGUAGAACUCUCCCAUAAUCAUAAGAUAAUCAAGGUCAACCAGUUCUUUCUGGGACGGAGCUUCUCAGAACCACGAUACGCUUUCUCAAGAUGGGCGACCAUUACCGCAUCGAAGAAUAUCAUCCACACAAUGGAAAAGUCUUACGGAGAAUCAAGUCCGUGUUUCUGGAUUGAGCAGGCCUUCAUGGUCACUUCUUGUAUCAAUCUCGUACUGGAUAUCUUGAACCGACCGGAAGAAGACAGCCCAGAAAUUAAGGAACAUUUGGCCUUAGUUCAGGCUGCCGUUAAUACCCUGCAAAAGUUUCCGAACAGUGCUAUAGCCACACACGGAAUCCAUUUGCUUUCUACCUUAUCUAAGGACCGUGGCCGAAAGCCAGACAAGAAUGAACAACAGCCCGGUGGUCAAACUGCAACGAAUGCUAGCAACGCUACGCCUAGCGUCCAGGUAUAUCUACCGAACAAACGCCAGAAACGGGACAACAGAUCGAUAUUUCAAUCUCCGUUCAGCACAGAUAUAGCGCUCGCAAACCCCAUACCAGAUACUAACGGAUCGACAUCCGCACCAAAUUUAUUGAACCCAGUACAGUUUGACGGCAAUGGAGACAGCCUCAGCCUGAUCAACCAGUAUCCUUGGUAUGCUAAUGCCGGCGAUGUGGACUUUGGAGAUAUACUCAAUACGUUUCCUCCUCAGUCAGGCUUGGAGGCAAACAACUUCUUCGAAGACGUGUUCAACCUUGAUUUCUUCUAGGUACCGCCAUCUGAGGUUGCAUGAGGGGGGUCAUGGACUCCUCAAAACGAUUACCUCCCAUCUCGGUCAGGUUUUCGAGACAUUUUGAAACGUCACAUGCAGUGGCAAAAGAGUACCUAGAUAUACAAAGAGAGAAGAUAUUAUCUAAUAGUCGACUUUUCUAGCCGUGUCUCGCGCCCAUCGGCCCCAACUAAACUUUGCGAAGACGUUACAUAUCUGCGGGCGUCAGCUUCCCUCGCUCGCCACCACCGUCCACCU